UGCCCCAUUAUUGGUGUCAGUGGGAGGAAUAGUGCCCCAUCAUUGGUAUCAGUGGGAGGAAUAGUGCCCCAUCAUUGGUGUCAGUGGGAAGAAUCAUGCCCCAUCAUUAGUGUCAGUGGGAGGAAUAGUGCCCCAUCAUUGGUGUCAGUGGGAAGAAACGUGCCCCAUCAUUGGUGUCAGUGGGAGGAAUAGUGCUCCAUCAUUGGUGUCAGUGGGAGGAAUAGUGCCCCAUCACUGGUGUCAGUAGGAGGAAUAGUACCCCAUCAUUGGUGUCAGUGGGAGGAAUAGUACCCCAUCAUUGGUGUCAGUUCGAGGAAUAGUGCCCCAUCAUUGGUGUCAGUGGGAGGAAUAGUUUCCCAUCAUUGGUAUCAGUGGAAAGAAUAGUGCCCCAUCUUUGGUGUCAGUGGGAAGAAUAGUGCCCCAUCUUUGGUGUCAGUGGGAGGAAUAG